AUGAGCUUUUGUGUCGAUUUAGUCUCAGAGGAUUCGUUUUAUGAAAAUAUCACUUUAGGUGUAACAAAACUGCUUGAAUCAGAUCCUCGUAUUUCAAAUGUUGCCGUAGAAAGAAGACCUCCAUGUGACCGCGUAGCUCUCUCCAAUUGGGAACAAAAGCAUUCGGCGAUAUUACCUGAUGAUCUUCGUAACUUUUACCUAUCAACAGAUGGAUUUCAGCUUACAUGGCAUUAUAAAUUUACAGCUGAUGAAAUAUUACCAGUUGGAUCGAUACGUGUAAACUCGCUGAAUGAACUCUAUUUAUCGCCUUCUCUGAAAGAUUUGUUGGAUUUUUCUCUAACCCGACAAUCAUCCGGACCGCGUCCCGUUCUCAAUACGAAAAGCAAAGUUUUUGAAUUGGACACAUGUCGGAACAUUGGAAAAGUAUGUUUGAUAUACACCGGCGGCGCGUGGUCGGUGUGGCUGGCAACGCGUGAAGGUGGCUGGGGCUGGCUGGCUGAUUCAUUUACGCACUACUUCAGAAUGGCUUUAGUUCAUCUUGGCUUGCCGGGAUGGCAAGCAGCAUUCGCUAAUUUGCCACUUAUCCCUUGGGCUGAGCAACUAUUUCUUCUACUCGCACCCCAUCUUUUGGAGAAAACAGAUGCGGAUGUUAGUUUGAUAUCUACUGGCAGCGAGACCGGUCUAAACCACAUCGACCCAAACAUAUUUAAGACCUCAGCAAGACAUCAUAAGAAUAAUGCAAGAGCGGCUAACUAAUGAUUGUUUUCGUUCACACUGACUUUAGUAUCAUCAAAACAGAUGAAAAAUAUUUAAAAGAAAUAUGAAAAUAACAUGUCAUAAUGAUUUCAGUAACGAAUGUUUGAUUUAUUUUUUCGGUUAUACUUUUAUGAAGGAUUGAUAAACACAGAUAAACGAAUUUGGAGCGCAUCAGCAAUGAAGUUUAUUGAAAUUGUAGAAAUAUGAUAUAAAACAAAAAAUAAAGCGAAAAAAAAAAUAAAAAGCCCUUUACUUAUGUAUAGUAUAUUGAAAAAUCCUCGAUACAAUAAAAUCUGUAGCUAAAUAACAAAACAAAAUGGACGGAAUGUGAGAUUCUUAAUGAAGUACGAGCUAACUUGAAGCUUAUCUAAUACAUAGAUAUUCAAUAGCAAAAUAUUUUAAAAAUUGCAAAAGCCGUAACAUUAAUAAAAAUUAUUUUAAUUACAUAUUAAACUGGUUAUUGCUACCUUAAAAUUACACUGGUUUAUCACAUGAUUAUAUUUAAUGUGAUAGCACUGUGAUGAGACUGUCUUUAUUUUUACAUAAAAAUAAGCAUAUUUCUAUGAACUAUCCGUGCAAAAUUUAUAUGCUAUAUUAAUACAAAUGCUAAACAUUCUAUAAUUAAAUGCAAAAAUACUAAUUAGGGUAUAAAAUCAGUUAGCUAAUUUACAAUAAGUCAGAAACUUAAUAUAGGCCUUGAUCUUACAUUAAAUUAAUUCCAUUUUAAUACAAAUACUGUAGCUAGUUUUUUAUCUAGUGUCUACGUUCUACUCGAUAAUAAAAAAUAAUAAUUCGAAGGCUUAUUUUAAUAUGCAAUAUUGAUAAUACAAGAUGCCACAUUGUCCUUAAUUAAAAAGCUAUUUUUGUGCUUUCGUUCACACAUUUUCAAUGACCUUAAAAUAUCUUAUACGAGAUUAUAUUUGGUGGGAAAUUGAACACCAUUUUUAAGCAUGUGAAUAAUUCGUUAAGUGGAAGUUUGUCUGUAGAGUGGAAAACCUUUGUAUUAUGCAUAUUUACAAUCAAAAGUGCAACAAAUUUAUUAAGAUAUACAUAUUACAAAGGUAGGUAGGUAGUAGUAAUGAAAAAAGUUUUAAUAAAUGGUAACAUUAUGUGAAGAAGGUAUGGAAUGAUUAAAUAAAUUAAGAUCAUAUAUUUUAUGGCAUCAGACUUAACUAAUUAAUACAUAAUCUACUGUUUUUUUAUAAAAUUCAAAAACGAAUGUGAAAAUUGAUACUUGAUAGAUGUUCUUAAUUAGAAAAAAAAAAAAAA